GGCGGCGCGGUGCGGGCCCAUGUGGCCGCAGUGCCGCCCGCCGGCGGGCUGGGGCUGGGCCCGAGCAUGUGCAGCUGCGGCAGCACCUGGCAAGGAGCCGCAGCGCCGGGGAUGUGAACCAGGCGGGGAGGAAGGCCCUUGACUCAUCAGAUAAAUCCGGCCCCGCACGGCGAGCGAAGGCGGAGGAGGCGCGGCGACGAGCCGGGGAGGAUGGCGGGGGACAGCGAGCAGCGGCUGGAGGAGCAGGGGCAGCCGAGCGGCGGGGAGCCCUUCCUCAUCGGGGUCAGCGGCGGCACGGCCAGCGGCAAGUCAUCAGUGUGCUCCAAGAUUGUCCAGCUGCUGGGCCAGAACGAGGUGGACUAUCGCCAGAAGCAGGUGGUGAUCGUGAGCCAAGACAGCUUCUACCGGGUCCUCACCUCGGAGCAGAAAUCCAAGGCACUCAAAGGCCAGUUCAAUUUUGACCACCCAGAUGCCUUUGACAACGAGCUGAUUGUGAAAACACUCAAAGAGAUCACAGAAGGGAAGACGGUCCAGAUUCCUGUCUAUGACUUUGUCUCCCACUCCAGGAAAGAGGAGACGGUGACCGUGUACCCUGCUGACGUGGUGCUGUUUGAGGGCAUCCUGGCCUUCUACAGCCAGGAGGUGCGGGACCUGUUCCGCAUGAAGCUCUUCGUGGACACCGACGCUGACACCCGGCUGUCCCGCAGAGUGCUACGAGACAUCAGCGAGCGAGGCAGGGACCUGGAGCAGAUCCUAUCUCAGUACAUCACCUUCGUCAAGCCUGCCUUUGAGGAGUUCUGCUUGCCGACCAAGAAAUAUGCUGAUGUGAUCAUUCCCAGAGGAGCAGAUAAUGAAGUGGCCAUAAACCUGAUCGUGCAGCACAUCCAGGACAUUCUGAACGGAGGACUCAGCAAGCGCCAGAGCAACGGGUACCUGAACGGCUACACUCCCCCGCGCCAGCGGCAGCCCUCAGAGUCCAGCAGCCGGCCCCACUGACCCGGGCAGAGGCCACGGCCCCGCGGCCCCUCUGUACAUACUGACCACUCGUUCCCCCCUUAUCUAUUUAAGAAUCCAGACGGAGACGAAUGCCUUUAAUUUUGUAUGUUCCGAUUGCCGAAUGAGAAGCAGCCGGUUGCUCGGGAGCCCGGACCACCCUCAGCUCCCGGCCUCGCUCAAUAACUCCUCCAGCACGGAACCGGCUAUAAAUCUCUAUAAAUAUAGAAUUGCUCUAUUUUUGUGUAAAUGCAGAAUAACGGAAAAUUACUUGCCAGGCUCAGUGUUGCUGGGAGGGACUGGGGCUGGGAAAGGGGCUCCUGGGAGGUGUUGGUGUCAGGAUCUUCACCUCAAAGGCGGUAAGGAAGGAAGAGCUGUGGUGUCCUUCCUGGGAAAGGGCAGUGGCAGCUUGAGUGUGGCCCGAGUGUUACACCUCAGCUGGGUUUGUCUCUUCCUGCUGUUGCUGUUCAGGUCCAAGCAGCCUGGUUUUGGCUGGCAGGUGCUGCACAGUGCCUCUGGCAGCUGGGAGAAUGAUGUGGAGUAUCUCCCCCUGACUCUCUGCAGCUCCAAGUCUCAGCCUUUCAGCAGCAUCCCAUUCUGUGCCUGACACCCCCUCCCACCACAGGUGUGGGGCUGCUGUCACACCCUCCAGCCAGGACCUGGAAGGUGGUGCUGGGUAUGUGGCCGUAUAAACACGGCCUUUUUAGCAGUCUCAGUGCCUGGCUCAUGUGGGAGCAGCAUGGGGAUACCUUCAGCCCCUCUGGAGCUUGGUGGCUGUGUCUGGUGGCACUGUUAGUUGACCCUGGGCUGACAGGCCUGGAGGUUGGCUUGCAGGUCAGAGGUGUGUCUCAUUCCUCACUUGGUUUUGCUCUUGUAUGGGGGAUUUUGGGGCUUAUGAGGUAUGGUCAAGGGACAACCAGCCUCUUCUAAAAGAAAGGGGCAAUGGCUGAUAAAAGGCAGCUGCUGAGCUGCCUUUCUGACGGGCUCAGCAGUGUGUAGUGGUCCCUGCACUGCCUUGCAUCCCCAUGUGGGACAUCAGCAGGUCCCAUCUGUGUCGUGUGAAACUGGCUGCCCAGUAAUCCUCUGCUCCCUGUUUCAGUAUCCUGUGUCCCUUUCACUGUCCUGGGGAGGACACUGUCCCUGCAGUCUGUUGUCCCAAUGGCUGCCCAGGGUGAGAGUUAGUCUCCCCUAACUUGGUGGUGCUACAGCAGCCAUGUCCAGAGGGGCUUGGUGGGGUUGAGCUACAGAUUUAGGGAUGCCUGGGGAGGCCCCCUUCAAGAUGGGGCAUUUUGGCUGGGACAGGGACUUGGUGGGAUGGUAGCCAGCAAAGAUCCUUCAGCCAGUGCUGCUAAGACUGACUUGCCCUACCAAACCCAAAAUUUCACAGGCAUCCCACAAAGCUUGGAGCAGAGACCCUCAGCCUUGCUCCCUCGUGGCUUUUCCAGUCUUUCCAGAGAAUUGUUUUUACUCUGUGGUUAAGAGUUUAAUGGACCAUGCUCCAUUGCUCUCCAGCCUGAUGUGAACUGGGACAGGCUUUGGUCUUGGAGAGAGCAAGAAAGGAAACACCUCCCCCCAGUGACUGCUGCUGGGGCAGACUCAUUCCUUCUUGCUCUUUGAUGAGGCAGCCUUUUAUCCCUCUCCCCACCUGCCAACACUCCUCCAGGCACAUCACCUUUGCCAUGACCAAGGGCUGGCACCGCCUGAUUCUGUGUAGGUAAGAGGGACCAGAACUGGUGAUGCUUCUCAGGGCUCAUGCAGAAGACAAGAUAAAAUACUGGCCUCCUCUCCCCAGUGAAUAAACACAGAAUAAAUGGA